AUGCAUUAUUUUAAAUACAAGAAAUUUGUUAUAACUUUUAAUAUUGUGAGAAAUAUGGCUACUCUUAAAAGAUUUUAUCGAAAAACAAAUAUAUUAUCAAGCAGUGGAAAGUAUGAAAUUACACUUGAUCAAAGAAAACUCAAAACACCACAAGGAAAAAUAUUUCAAGUGGAUAGUAAACCUUUGGCUUUAGCUAUAGCAAUUGAAUGGGAUAUGCAGAAACAAAUUAUUGAUAAAAGCAAUAUGCAUUUGACAGCACUUUGUAAUACUGUGAUAGAUAAUCCUCACAAUCAUACAAAAGAAGACAUGGUAAAUUAUAUUGUAAGUUCUUUAGAAAUGGAUACAUUAUUAUUUCAUUCAAAUGAAAAUGAUGAAUUACAUAAAUUACAAACUGAAAAUUGGGAUCCAUUAGUACAAUGGUUUUGUGAUAAUUAUAGAGUAAACAUGAUAAAAACUCAAAGUAUAGUAGCCCCUACUAUAUCUUCAGAAACUAAAAUAAUAUUGACAAGACAUUUAAUGUCUUAUAAUUACAGUGCAGUUUAUGGUUUUAUGUAUGGAGUAGAUGCAAUCAAAUCUGUAAUUCUUACACUAGCUACAGCAGAAAGAGUUAUUAGUAUAAAAGAAGCUGUAAAACAAUCACGUUUGGAGGAAAAUUAUCAAAUUUCUCAUUGGGGAUCUGUAGAAUGGUUUCAUGAUCAUAAUAAGUAUGAUUUACAAGCUCGUUUAGCUGCAGCUAUUUUAUUUGUGCAUUUGAAUUCUUAUUCUGUAUCAUAUCAACCAAAACAAAAUAAUAAAAAUUAAUUGAAUUCAAUAUAAAAUUUAAUUUCAUAUAAUGUAUUGAAAUAAAAUUAAACAAUAACAUAAUAUUUUUAUUAUUUUGAACUAUGGCAAGAAAUUGGAUUAACAGAAGAUAAUGUUUCUAUUGGUAUAGAACAGUCAGAUCCCAUCCAGUCUUUUGUACAAAUACAACUGAAAUAAUUAAUUAAUUAAUAUUUUAUGUAAUUAUUAAAAAUUGUAUUAAUUUUUAAAAUUACUAAAAUUGUAUAA